GCUUGACAUCGUGCACGUAGGUUUUUUACUGUCAAAACUUUGUCAAGGACUAUUUCAAGCGAGAUAUGCAGGGUUUGUGGUGUCGUCUGUCCACUAGAGGUGCCUUGCCCAUCGGCAGAAGCAGUCACGGCUUUGUGAUUAUCAACAAAAACGCUUAUGUUUUUGGAGGGGAACAUUCUCCGCGAGUGCCCAUUGGCAGUACCGUGCACUGUCUAAAUCUAGAAACACAGGAAUGGAGCGUUUGUCAGCCAAAAAACAAGGAAAACGAGCCCAAACCUAUAAAUGCCGCCGCAGUAGCUAGUAUUGGUGAUUGUAUGUAUGUGUUUGGUGGUCGAUCUGGAAUCACAAUGGGAGAGGGGGACACGAACGACAUGUACUCGUUCAACACCUCGACAAAGGAAUGGAGUAAACUUGCUACAAGUGGAGAGGUUCCUUUAGCCAGAAGCUUUCAUUCCAUGACAGCGAUGGAGAACUCACUGUAUGUAUUUGGUGGUUGUUCAGAAAAAGGCCGACUGAAUGAUUUGUACUGUUUAGAUGUCGCUACAAACCAGUGGGAAAAACAGCCAUCGUAUGAUGUGAUUGAGGGCCGCGGUGGUCCAGGCCUUGUUGCCGUGGGUAAAACUCUUUAUGUUGUUGCAGGCUUUGCUGGCAGGGAAAUGAACGAUGUUCAUGCAUUUGACACCAAAUCAAAAACAUGGCAAACUUUGACCUUCCUUACACCACUGCCACCAAGGAGUGUGUUCGGUGUGGUUUCCCAUGGAACCAACAUAAUAGUUGUAGGCGGGGAGGUUGAUCCUUCUGAUAAAGGUCACGAAGGCGCAGGGAAUUUCUCCAAUGAUACAUUCAUCCUUGACACGUCUGUUCCCCAGAAAUGGGUCAAGGUUGCUGUACAGGGUGACGUGCCUGAACCACGAGGGUGGUUUACUGCUGCAUUUUCUGACGAAGAUGAAAGACUUUACAUUUUUGGCGGCAAUUCAGAAACCAAUUCAAGGCUGAAUGAUGCGUACUCAUUUCAAUUGAUGAAAUGAUGUACAACUAUAUAUAAAAAGUAGAUAUACUACAAUUCGAUUUUUCUUUAAAAAAUUACCGGUAACCAUAUAUAUAGUGUUAAUCAAUUGUGCAAUAUAUUGUUGAUUUUACUCUUUGCAUAAAUCACAUGGA